CAAAAAAUUAUUUUCAAUAUUCAAUUAUUAAUUAAAUUUAAAGGCAAGAGGACAUAAUAAAAUGAGUUUAAGUAAUAGAAAGUCACCAAUAAGUGACCCGCAUUUGAUUCCACGUGUAAAACAGUAUUUAGAGGAAAAUGUUCAAAAGACAUAUGUUGAUGUUGAAGAAAUGACACAGUCAUUAAUGAAUCGAUAUCAGGAAUAUUCGCGACGUAAAAUGAUUCCUUUUCGAAUAAUGGUAGAACAUGCAUACAAGACAGUUUUACAUUCAUAUGGGAUGGAUAGCAAUCCUGGAUCGGAUGUUGACGAUAUGGGAUCAGAUUUAGAAGUAAUGGAUGACGCUAAUAAUGGAAAUCAUUUGAAUAAUGCAUUAAAUUCACUUUAUAUGAAAAAGACAAACAAUCCAGUCGUGACAUCAUCAGACCCAAAGCCAAUAAGUAUCGAUAUAAGCAGUGAUGAGGAAGAUGGUGAAAAUAGCAAGCAAAAGUCAUCAGGAUCGAGUAUUGAUAAAGUAACUGUAACUAGAAUAGCUGCAAAUGGAUCAAAGACUGCAUCAUCGACUGAAGAAUUACAAAAUAUAAUUAAAUCAACAUCACGUCCGGGUCCUGCAUCACAAAAGAAGCGUCGUCUAAAUGCAAUUGAGGAAUUAGAGAAGCAAACAGCAGCAGCAGCAACACCAUCCUCGUCAACAACAGCUGUACAACAAUCAACAGUAACAGAAAAGGCUCAAACACAAUCAUCAGGACCAAAACCAAAGAAAUUCAGAAAGGAAGUUUUUGCCAAAAAGUCUUUAGUGACAUUUGACAAUAUUGGUGGCAUGGAUAAGUCAUUAAAGGAACUUUGUGAAUUAGUUAUGCACAUUAAACAUCCAGAAAUGUAUCGACAUAUUGGAUUGCCACCACCUCGUGGAUUCUUGCUUCAUGGACCGCCUGGAAGUGGUAAGACAUUGCUAGCACAUGCCAUUGCUGGUCAACUCGAUGUCUUAUUUGUUGAAGUUCCCGCUACAGAAUUAAUUGCUGGCGUUUCAGGCGAAUCUGAAGAAAGAAUUCGUGAGAUUUUUGAACAAGCUGCUUCAUUUGCACCCUGCGUCCUCUUUAUCGAUGAAAUUGAUGCUAUAUCCUCAAAUCGUCAGAAUGCUCAAAAAGACAUGGAACGACGAAUUGUGGCACAACUUAUUUCAUCGCUUGACAAUUUAUCAAAAUUAAAGUUUGGUGAUCAAGUUCUUGUUAUUGGAGCUACAAAUCGUCAAGAUUCAUUAGAUCCAGCAUUAAGACGCGUUGGACGCUUUGAUCAUGAGAUUUCUUUAGGCAUUCCAGACCGUAAAGCACGCAGUGAAAUAUUAAAAGUCAUAUCAGGAAGCUUAAAAUUGGAUCGUCCAUUUGAUUACGAUGAAAUUGCACUUUUAACGCCGGGUUAUGUUGGAGCUGAUUUAUUGGCACUGACAACACGAGCUGCAUCGUCUGCCAUUAAACGAGCAAUUAAGAAAAAGGAGGAACAAAUCUUAUUGGAUGAAAUAGCUAUGAAAAAAAAUGAAGCUAAGGAAACCGAGGAACUUGUUGUGGAACCAAUUGUAAAUCUUGACGAUGAUUUAUUAAUGGAAGUUGAUAAUGAGGUCGAAAAAGCUCAAGAAAAAACAGACGAAAACAAGGCAGAAAUUGACAGUGAGGCAAACACUGUCGAAGAACAGCCAGCAGCUGAUGAUAAAGUAGAGGAACCACCAAAAAUAAUAGAAUCAAACCUGCCAGAAUCGACUUCAGAAGAAAUUCCAACUGAAUCUAUGGAAACAACAGAAUUAAGCGAAUCUAAAGUUGAGGAAAAAACAGAGAAAUCAGAGAAUAUGGAGAAACCACCAACAACGACAGAGGAAGUUCCACAUAUAUUGCCAGAAUUUACACUUGAUCAUAUGCUUAAAUGGCUCCAAAAUGAUAUUCAGCCAAUAAGUGAUGAAGAUCUCGAAAAGCUUGCAAUCUCACGUGAUGAUUUUCUUGAUGCUCUUAAGCAUGUUCAGCCGUCAGCUAAACGUGAAGGCUUUAUUACAGUUCCAGAUGUUACUUGGGACAAUAUUGGUUCCUUAAAAGACAUUCGUAGUGAAUUGCAGCUAGCUAUUCUUGCACCUGUUAAAUUUCCUGAAAAAUUGCAUCAAUUAGGACUGGAAUCGCCAUCGGGCGUUCUCCUUUGUGGACCACCGGGUUGCGGUAAGACACUUCUCGCUAAGGCUGUUGCCAAUGAAGCUGGCAUAAACUUUAUCUCAGUAAAAGGACCAGAAUUGUUGAAUAUGUAUGUUGGUGAGAGUGAACGUGCAGUUCGUCAAUGUUUCCAGCGAGCUAGAAAUUCAGCACCAUGUGUAAUAUUCUUCGAUGAAUUUGAUUCUCUCUGUCCAAAACGAUCCGAUUCAGGCGAUAAUAAUUCAAGUCAGCGAGUUGUAAAUCAGCUUUUAACAGAAAUGGACGGAAUUGAAGAGCGUAAAGGUGUAUUUUUAAUGGCAGCAACAAAUCGUCCCGACAUUAUUGAUCCAGCUGUUUUACGGCCAGGACGUUUAGAUAAAAUUCUCUAUGUUGGAUUGCCGGAAACAGAAGAUCGUGUUGAUAUCCUUAAAGCAUUAACAAGAGUCAAGCCACCAUUAGCUGAUGAUGUUGAUCUUGUUAACAUUUCAUGUAUGACUGAAGGAUUUACAGGAGCUGAUCUCGAUGGACUCAUUCGGCAAGCAUCAUUACAAACACUCAAAGAAUCAAUUGAUAACGAUGAUACGAUGAAUGAAAUGAAAGUCCACAAUCGUCAUUUUGUCGAUGCUCUGAAGAAAUUAAAGCCUUCUGUUAAUGAACAAGAACGUAAAAACUACGAGAAACUUAAGGAAAAAUAUACAGCAUCGUAAAAUUUAACAAUUAAUUGAAGAAUAACAAUCAUGCAGAGAUAAUGUGAAUUUAGGAUGAGCAGAGAAAUAAGCCAUCGCUUACUAUUAAGGACAAAUUAAAUAUAUGUUGAUUUCCAAAUAAUUAUAAUACUGAUAACGAUACAAACAAGAAAGUACACAAACCUUUAAUUUUUUUUUACAACAAAAAUAAGAUGAUGUAACAUGGUAUAGAGCAAGAUGCAUACACAUACUUAGUUUAAAUUACUUUCCAUUACUUUAACUAUGAAUUACAAUAGAUUGAUUAUGUUUUUCACUGUUUAUACUGAUGAUAAAAAAAUGAGAAAAAAGGAACAAGAUAAUAAAGAGAAAUCUCAAGAUUAAGAAGAUGAAAAGUAAAAAGUUCAA